CGGCUCCCCUCGUUGCGCUACACCGUCAUAGACGUUCCCCCCUGGCACGUCUGCCUCAUCCUGGGCUUCCAGCACUACCUCACCAUGCUGGGCUCCACCAUCGUGAUUCCGGCGCUCCUGGUACCCGCGAUGGGCGGCACCCCGCGAGGUGAGGACAGGAGGUGUCAAGGGCCGAUCUUCUUCGUGAGCGGUCUCAACACGCUCAUCCAGACGACCAUCGGCGACCGAUUGCCCAUCGUUCAGGGCGGCUCGUUCUCCUUCCUCAAACCGGCGUUCAGCAUCAUCGCCAUCAUCCGAGCCACCCGGUCAUUCGCCUCCGAACAUGACCGCUUCAUGUACACGAUGCGGGAACUCCAAGGGUCCAUCAUCGGAUCCAGCUUGGUGGUCCUGGCGAUCGGGUACACGGGGGUCAUGGGCGCCUUGCUGAGGUUCGUGUCGCCCAUUGUGGUGGCGCCGACUGUAUGUAUGGUGGGCCUGUCGCUUUACACAGCAGGCUUUCCGGGCGUCACGCAGUGCGUGGAGCAAGGCCUGAUGUCCAUUGUGGCCGUCAUCAUGUUCAGUCAGGUACGACAGUCUUUUGUGGACGACACUUACCUUCGCAUCUUUGAGCUAUUUCCGCUGUUGUGGAGCAUCUUGCUGAGCUGGGCUAUGGCGGGCAUUUUGACGGCGGCAGGAGCGUACGACAAGACCUCCCCCGGGCGCCAGGCGAGCUGCCGGACCGACAACCUACAGGCGCUCAAGGACGCGCCGUGGGUGUAUGUGCCGUACCCGCUUCAAUGGGGUUCCCCCAUUUUCCGGCCCGCGUCCAUCGUCACCAUGUUGGCAGGGGCCCUGGCGGCCAUGAUUGAGAGCACGGGCGACUACUACGCGUGUGCGCGCAUGAGUGGCGCACCUGUGCCCCCCCCCCACGUGAUCAGUCGGGGUAUCGGCGCCGAGGGACUGGGGUGCCUGAUGUGCGGCCUGUUCGGGACUGGCAACGGCACCACAUCGUAUGCAGAAAACAUUGGCGCCAUCGGUCUCACGGGGGUCGGCAGUCGGCGGGUGGUUCAGGCAGGUGCAGCCAUCAUGCUGCUGCUGGCCGUCUUCGGGAAGUUCGGUGGGCUGUUCGCCUCCCUGCCUCCCUCCAUUGUAUCCGGGCUGUUCUGCAGUGUGUUCGGCCUGAUUGCAGCGGUGGGUCUGAGCAAUCUGCAGUUCACGGACCAAAACAGCAGCCGCAAUUUAUUCAUCGUGGGGUUUGCAAUCUACAUGGCGUUAUCCGUGCCGUACUACUUUGAUUCAUUCUUGUCAACACACGGUGGCGCUGGGCCCAUCGCCACGUCGUCACGCGCCUUCAAUGACAUCGCCAACACACUCUUCUCCACGCCCAUGUGCGUGGCGCUGGUGUGUGCCUUCCUGCUGGAUAACCUCAUCUCCGGUACGGCCGCCGAGCGCGGCCUGACACACUGGUCGGCGCUGGCAGCCACGGCAGAAGCGCGCAAGCGUGCAGGCGACGCCGGCACUGGCGACAUUGCUGCCGACAACAGCAGCGAUUAUAGCGAUAGCGACGAUGACCCGGCGUUGGAUCCGCGCAAUGAUCCACGCAUAAAAGCAGUCUACGAUUUACCGUACGUGCUUCAGGUGCUGAACGAUCGGUACAUCCUGCCGUACCGCCGUACGGUGCACCGCGGCUUGCGGGGCCUGAGCCGGGCGGUGCGGCGGAAGUGGCGGCGGCUGGUGCGACGAAUGCGGGUGAGGGCAUAG